GUCCGCCGUCACGCGUAAUUUUUCGAUGUUGAUAAUUUAACAAUAUUUGGUUUUAAAAUGACAAAAUUAACGUGUAAUAGCGAAUAUUAAAUAGUUGGUAUACAAAUUGUAUGAUAUGGUUCGGUGGAGGACGUGCUUUGUGCUGGCAAUGCUCCUGGUCCUGCCGGGGAGGGUCACGUCACGGUCUGAAGAUGAAGAGGAUGAGGAGAAGCUCUUCAGCCGGAGCGACGAGGAAGACGACGACGACAGCGACGACGACGACGACGAGGAGGUGGAGCCAGUCGAGAAGGAGGUCCCUGGUCGUCGAGCGCCGCCAGUGAUGUUGCAGACGACCAGAACCGCGCCAGUCACGAGGACCACGAAGCGACGACCGCUCGAAUGUUACGUGUGCGCGUUCAAGCCGGAGACGCCGUUAAGAGCAUGCUUGGAUCCUACUAAGUAUAGAGUGCACACAAUGACAUGCCACAGUGUAGAGGACAAAUGCGUGACAGCGGUGACGUCGAAGGGCAGCACAUACGAGUCGGUGACGCGCGGCUGUCGGUCCGGCUGCGUCGGGUCGCCGGACACCACUUGUUGUGAGUUAAACAGAUGCAACAACCAAGCGUUCGCGAUGCCGACAGUGAUCGCGCCGCGUGCGCUGACACAAGAGAGCAAAGCUGCCAAAACUCUGCCCACUUCUGUACUAUUCUUUGUUACAAUACUUUUGGUGUUACAAACCGUUGUUAAAGUCACUAUAGUGUGAUGUACAGUUUUGUGGUGUGACCUUAAAUUGUACGGGUUUUUUGGUGAAUAUAUUUUUUCGGUGUU